CUGUACAGCCGACCGUGCCUAUUGUACUAGAGGCAAAAACAGUGAAUGUCCAAAUGUGGCUGACAAAUCUACACAAAUCAGUGAUUCUUACCUUCGAUUUGCAUCGAUUCGGAUCGUUACUGUAAGCGCGUGGUUCCAUGAGCAGAAUGGAGAUUCACAAAAGCGUGCUAUGGGUUAGCCAGUCCAGCUAGCUGUUGUGUCUGAAUGGUCUGAUCUGAUGCGAGCAAUAAUAGACCUGCUGUGUGUAUCCGUGAACGGCGGCCUGAUGAGAUGAACUGAGAUAUAUUUAGAUGACCCGGGCUUAAUUAUGCCAAGGUUAUUGUCAUUAUGACAUUUGAAGCUGGUUGGAGAUUGUUUCUCUGAUGAGAUACUAUGGAGGACGCCCCUUGCUGUGUGAAUUUUUCUGAUGGUCAUCACCUUCUCAUAAGACUUUCUCAUGUACAAAGCUAUGGUUUUGCUAAACGUUAAGCAAAUCCAUAGUUUCAGCACCAAACUCAACAGCUGGACAUCAGCCUGGCUCGACAUGAUCCUUUCAGCCACACUGAAACCUGCAGGCCCACAGAUGGGUUGAUGCCUGAAACCAGUUAUUGGCAGCUCUGCCCUUCCUCAAAGUCUGAUGUGCAAGGCACCCUGAGAUCCAGCUCUCCCCCCAUCCCGGUGCCUCUGGGCCCCUCUGCUGCUCACCUGCCGGAGGGGGACAACCUGAACUGUCCGCUCGCCCCAAGCACCUCUGUGACGGAACUGUCUUUUCCCGGGCCACCGCCUCCCCCCCCGCCACCCCCCAAACGCCACUGUCGUUCGCUGUCUGUGCCGGAGGACCUCUCGCAUUGCCGGUACACCUGGCGGCCAAGUGCCUCCAAGGUCUGGACACCAGUGAACCGCCGAUGCCACAGUGGAGGGGGCGCGGGGGGGCCGUGUCCGCUGCGUGCCCCGAGUUCCUCUCUGAAUUCCUCUCUGCAUUCUUCCUCGAGCCCCACUUUCUUCAGCUUGGCCCUUUCCCCAGAUUCCCCGCUGCCAUGGAGUUUCCCCUGGGAUCCGAGUGACACUGCCGGAGGCGGUGCCUGUUGCUGCUUUUUCCCUUCAGCUUCCUCAUGCUCUUCCUCUCCAUCCCCUCUUCACCCUCCUCCUCCCCCGCAGCGGCGCUUCUCACUCUCUCCAGUGCUCAUUCGCGAAGCUGCAGCCCACUUUCUCCCGCCACCCCAAGUGCCCCUCCAACCUGCUUCCCAGCCUCCAGCUGUGCCCCCUUCACCGUCAUCCGCCUGCAGCACUCCAUCCUCUGUGCGUCGGGCUCUUCCACCGCAGCUUCCACGCUGUCACUCUCAACCGUGUGACCUGCUCCUGCUCAAGCCUGGUCUGAAGCGGCGCAGGGACCCGGACAGACCAUGUGCAAGGCCUGUGCUAGACUUUGCAAAAAUGACACAGACCCGAAGCACAGAUCCCCUGAGUUGUUUGGACCGUGGUCGACUUGCAUGUGGAGGGGACGUCUGCAUGGGCCUCGAACCCUUUUUUGGAGACUAUAGAGGGUCAUGUUCACCCGCCGAAGGCUUAGGAAGGACCAGUAUUGGGCCGCUGAGUGAAAGUGAUGAGGAAGAGGAGGAGGAGGAGGAGGAGGAACGAGAGGAGGUAGACUCGUCUCGCGACGGUGGACAACAAAGUGUUUUUGAGAGGGAUUGUACAGAAUUAGACAUUACCCUCAUCGAGGAGAAUUAAACACUGACUAAAAGAUGCUUUUUCCCUCACCUGGUUGCCAGCAUUCAACACUUUUGUUCACCACCUGCUACCCGACUCUGGCAGGCCUCUCAGGAACACUGCUGCUCUCUCACGAGGUGUGCAGGUGUAUAAAAUCUCAUCCAUGCAUUAUUGAAGACAUGUUGACUACUAGCAGUUAUUACAGGUGAUGCAGUUGGUUGUGGAUGUUGAACCAAUAUCACGUAACAUUCCAGAAUCACUUGCAAAGAAACUGGUAAGAAUGUGAAUAGUAGGAAUCGUUACGUGCUCACUGAAAAACAAAUCACUGGCAGAUAGAACUCGAGGGGAACUAAUCUUUGGCUUCUUGCUGUCUUUCCUUUUUCAUGUUGUUUUCUUUCAACAUGUUUCUUAGUAAGGUUAGUCUUUUGUGGAUGAUAGUUAUGAAUAACAGUGUUUUUGUUUAGUUUGAAUUGAAAAAAAAUGGUCAACACGAGAGCUUUACUCUUCAGGCCUUUCUGCUUCCUGAGAAAAGUCCAUCUAAUUCAGAAUUCAGCAUAAGCCUUAAGAUGCCUUUUCUUUCUCAAAAGACUCUUGAAGGAACUAAAUUGUGUAUCUGUUGUCCUUCCUAUUGUUACUUUUUUGCUGUCUCUUUUUUAUCUUAAACUGUACAAUGCAUUCCUCGAAAACUGAAUACAUUGAGUGUACAUUGAGUUAUGCACUGUAUUUGAGACAGAAAAUGGAAAAUAACCCAACCACUGUAUUCUGAAGGCACAUUGUAAUGCUGAAUAUGUCAUAUUGUACAGUAUUUGUUUGAAACACAUUGACUGAAGAUGGUACCUUGAAGGGUUAAAGUUUUUUUCCCUGUCUUUUCUGUUAUAUGUGUAAUAAGAUUGAAAGUUUUGACUCAGUUUAUGCAUAAAUAAAGUUUAUUUGAAAUUAUUUUACAAAGAAAGAAAAAUGCCAGGUGUCUAGUGUGUUCCAGAAGGAAGCUCUGGCAUUACACAGUCUUUUCUGUUACAGUUUAUUAUUAUUUUUUUGACUGCACACACGAGUGGAUCAUUCUGGUCUGCCUACCUGAUUCGGCACAGUUUUUAUUUUUAUCCAGGCUUGGGACUGACACUGAGAGCGCACUUAUGAGCGCACCUCCCAAAGGCUAGACUGGUAAUUUUUUUCUAUAUAUAGUGACAUUUCUUUUGGAAUUUUAGCAUUAAUAGAAACUGCUGAGUUCUACAAAAUGAUAAAGGAACAUGUCCAGCCUAAACCAGCAAGUGUACACUACACAGCAACAUGGAUCCUGAGAUGCUGGGCUCCAUCCUAACUUCUUUUCAUUGUCUGUAAGGUGCUUCAGCUUAGACAUAAACCAAGCCCAGACCAGAUUAGACCAGCAGACUAUUUUAGGAUGUUUUUUAUUUCUCAUGUAUGUGCUGGUUUACCACUUGAAAGUGGCCCAGGUGGAAAUAAGUGAAUAAAUGGGUAAGCAUACUUACAAACUUCCUGUC